CAGGCUAGUGGCGUCAUCUGGCGGGGCGGUGUAAGCUAGUGGCGUUGUCUGGCGAGAGCCAGGUGCAUAUCACUGAGGCACGGAGAAGGUGGUGGUUGUGGUGAGAGCGUGAAGGAUUUGGGGCAGUAUGGGCUGCUGCGGGUUAUUCUUGCGCACGACAGCGGCGGCGCGUUCUUACCGGGCUCUAGUGGGCUUCACUGAGAGUCGGCGCCCGCUGCGCACCUGUCCGCCGAGCCGAGCUUUCGUCAAGGAGCUCUUCCUGGGCAGAAUCGAGAAGAAAGAAGUUUUCCCAUUCCCAGAAGUUAGCCAAGACGAACUUAAUGAAAUCAACCAGUUUGUGCGACCCAUAGAAAAAUUCUUCACUGAAGAGGUGGACUCUCGAAAAAUUGACCAGGAGGGAAAAAUCCCAAAGGAAACUUUAGAGAAACUGAAGAGACUGGGGCUUUUUGGGAUGCAAGUCCCAGAAGAAUAUGGUGGCCUGGGCCUCUCCAAUACCAUGUAUGCGCGGCUAGGGGAAAUUGUCAGCCUGGAUGCGUCGAUCGCUGUGACCCUGGCAGCACACCAGGCUAUUGGCCUCAAGGGGAUCAUCUUGGCUGGUAGCAAGGAGCAGAAAGCCAAAUACCUGCCCAGACUGGCAUCUGGAGAACAUAUUGCUGCCUUCUGCUUGACAGAGCCAGCCAGUGGGAGUGAUGCUGCCUCCAUCCAGACCAGGGCUACGUUAAGUGAAGAUAAGAAGUACUACAUCCUCAAUGGAUCCAAGGUCUGGAUCACCAAUGGAGGCCUGGCCAAUAUUUUUACCGUGUUUGCUAAGACCAAGGUUGUUGAUUCUGACAGCUCAGUAAAGGACAAAAUCACAGCAUUCAUAGUAGAGAGAAACUUUGGUGGAGUCACUAAUGGGAAGCCUGAGGAUAAGUUAGGCAUCCGUGGCUCCAACACCUGUGAAGUCCAUUUUGAAAAUACCAGGGUACCCAUUGAAAAUGUUCUUGGAGAAGUUGGAGGUGGGUUUAAGGUGAGUUGCCGGCUCAGCCUUCUGUGCUUGCAAGGUGGAGAGAGGAGAAAUCGGCUCCCAGAAGAGCAAGUAUGUGGGGAUGAUUCUAUGAAUCUGGAUAGUUUAAUAUUUAAGAAACUAUGUGUACACAACGGUGUGGCUGGGAUGCUCAAGAAAUUGAUUGAAAUGACUGCUGAAUAUGCCUGCACGAGGAAACAGUUUAACAGGAACCUCAGUGAAUUUGGAUUAAUUCAGGAAAAGUUUGCCUUGAUGGCUCAAAAGGCUUAUGUAAUGGAAAGUAUGGCCUACCUCACUGCAGGGAUGCUGGACCGACCAGGGUUUCCUGACUGCUCUAUCGAGGCUGCCAUUGUGAAGGUGUUCAGUUCAGAGGGCGCCUGGCAGUGCGUGAGUGAGGCGCUGCAGAUCCUCGGGGGCUCGGGCUACAUGAGGGACUACCCAUAUGAGCGCAUGCUGCGUGACGCUCGCAUCCUUCUCAUCUUUGAGGGAACUAAUGAGAUUCUCCGGAUGUACAUCGCCCUGACAGGCCUGCAACAUGCCGGCCGCAUCCUGACUGCAAGGAUCAGUGAGCUCAAACGAGGCAACGUGACCACUAUUCUUGAAACUGUUGGCCGGAGGCUUCGGGACUCCAUGGGCCGAACUGUGGACCUGGGGCUGACAGGAAAGCUCGGAGCUGUGCAUCCCAGUGUUGCGGAGAGUGCAAGCAAACUUGAAGAGAAUGUUUAUUACUUUGGCCGCACUGUGGAGACGUUGCUGCUCCGAUUUGGCAAGACCAUCGUGGAGGAGCAGAUGGUCUUGAAGCGGGUAGCUGACAUCCUCAUCAACCUAUACGGCAUGACGGCUGUACUGUCUCGGGCCAGCCACUCCAUUCGAGCAGGACUUCGGAACCAUGACCAUGAGGUUCUUUUGGCCAACAUCUUCUGCGUGGAAGCUUAUUCCCAGAAUCUCUUCACCCUGUCUCAGCUGGACAAGUAUUCUCCAGAAAAUCUAGACGAACAGAUCAAGAAAGUAUCCCAGCAGGUCCUAGAGAGGCGAGCAUACGUCUGUGCCCACCCUUUGGACCGGAUGUCCUGAAGCAGAGGGAUGAUGUAUACUGCUGCUGCCACCCCCCAGGCCAUAGCCUGUUGCUGGACAACUUUCACUCUUUUUGCUAGAAGAUAUAGAACUUGGAGUUAUUCCAACUUGAGCCAUUUCUUCCUAGUCUUCACCUGAAGGCUCCUAAGGGAGCCUUGUCUAGGCUUUGACCUGUGGCCACUACUGCCUGACAUGAUCGCAGGAUCUGAAGAGAGGUGGAGAGAGAAUGAAAUUGCUGAGACCUGUGAUCUGAGGAUAUACUGCUAGUUUAGGAGACUUCACCGUGGAAACUGGGACUGGUGCUGCUUUGUGGCUUGCAACUGUGGGGACCUUUUCCAGGCAUGCUUAACCUUUUCUGCUAGGCCACACAUUCUCCAAGAAACACCUUGAAAACUGUGUACAUGUCAUUUAUUCAUACUAGAAGCAAAAUGCACUUAAAACAUGUACCAGGAACCAUUUAUUAAAAAAGAAUGUAAAAUGGCAGUUUGUAUUUACCCUUCAA